AUGAAGAGAACCCACAUUUCAUACUCUCUAGACCGAACAUGUCUAAUUCCAUUAAUCGCAAUAGCCUUACUCUCUUUAAUCCUCCUCUUAUUUGUCGGUCAAAACAAAUCCUCUCCAUCAACCGGCAUUUCCUCAAACCAACAAAACCUCGACCUCUUAGACAAAAAUCUCUAUGAUCCAUCACAGUUACCAAGACUACCAAGGUUUGCUUACUUGAUAUCAGGCACAAAAGGCGAUGUUUCAAGGGUGAAAAGAUUGCUUCAAGCAGUGUAUCAUCCAAGAAACUGCUAUUUAUUGCAUCUUGAUUUUGAAGCAAGUGAUGAUGAAAGACUUGAGCUUGCAAAGUAUGUGAAGGUAGAGAGUGGUGUGAUAAGGGAGUUUGGGAAUGUUAUGGUUCUUGGUAAGGGUGAUUUGGUUACUUACAAAGGGCCUACUAUGAUUGCUAGUAUACUACAUGGGGUUGCUAUUUUACUGAAGCAAUUUGAAGAUUGGGAUUGGUUUGUUAAUUUAAGUGCUGAGGAUUAUCCUCUCAUGCCCCAAGAUGAUAUCCUGCAUGUUUUCUCCUACUUGGCUAGAGAUCUGAAUUUCUUGGAGCACACAAGUGGUAUCGGUUGGAAAGAGUAUCAAAGAGCAAAGCCUAUAAUCGUUGAUCCAGGCUUGUAUCAUGCAAAGAAGUCUGGUGUAUUUUGGGCCAAAGAGAAAAGGCAUUUGCCUGCUGCUUUCAAGUUAUUUAUGGGGUCUGAUUUGGUGGUUCUUACAAGGUCAUUUCUUGAAUUCUGUGUUUGGGGAUGGGAUAACCUCCCUCGCACAGUCCUCAUGUAUUACACAAAUUUCGUGUCAUCCACUGAGGGAUACUUCCAUACUGUCAUUUGCAACCAAAAAGAUUACCAAAACACUACAGUUAACCAUGACCUGCAUUACCUAAAGUGGGAUAACCCUCCAAAGCAAUAUCCACUAAAUCUCACUUUGGAGCAUUUUGAAGACAUGGUUGCAAGUGGUGCCCCUUUUGCGCGUAAGUUUGCAAAGGAUGAUCCAGUUCUCAACAAAAUUGACAAAGAACUUCUGGGGAGAUCGGAUGGACAGCUUGCUCGAGGGGGUUGGUGCGCCGGAGAGUCUGUUUUAGGUAAAGAUCCUUGUGUUGUUUAUGGGAGUCCCCAUGCUGUCAAACCAACUGUAAGUUCAAAGAGGCUAGAGAAACUAAUGGUGGAACUUCUUGAUUCUGAAAAAUUCCGAUCCAAACAGUGUAAAUAA